CGAACGCUUCUCGCUUCGAGUUUAUUUAGUACAGACAGCCGGUCAACGGGGCAGUUGCUCAUGCGCUGCUCGAUCGAGAGCAACAGUACAACGUGUGGCUUUGCUCUUAUCGACGGUGGGCUAUCGAUACUUUCCUAGUUCAAGUGCAAACUUUACGCCUUUAUUGUUCUCGUGUGUGCAUAACAGGUUAAAGGUCUAUCGGUGAAGCCUCCAAGUCCAGCUACUUGGUGCGCUUCUGGCUCAGUCAAGCUCCGCCGCGUAACGAGAUAAUUGGGUCAUCACUGACCUGCGCGCUUACGCAGAACCUGUUUUGAGCAAAAACGCGAAGUUGCUCACCCGUUACGAUCAUGUCGGAGCUCAGUACGAUCUUUCACGGUGUGCUCGUGUUUGUUGUGUUUGCCAUCUACUUACAGUGGCUGAUGAAACGAUGGCAGCUGAGCCAGAUAUUUGAGAAGAUACCGGGCCCGAAAGCUUACCCGAUCAUCGGCACGAUGUACUCGUUCAUUGGCAAACAGCGGCACGAAAUCUUCUACCUGCUAGACGAGCGAACUCGCCGCUACCCGGAAAUCCACCGCGUAUGGACCGGGCUGACCCCCGAGGUACGCAUCAGCAAACCGGAGUACGUCGAGCAGGUAAUCGGCUCCAGCAAACACAUCGAAAAAGCCACUAUGUACCGUUUUCUGCACGAUUGGCUCGGCAACGGACUGCUCACCUCCAAAGGUGAGCGUUGGCAUCAGCACCGUAAGCUCAUCACACCGACCUUCCACUUCAACAUCCUCGACGGCUUCUGCGACGUGUUCGCCGAGAAUAGCGAGGAGAUGGUGGAAUACCUGCGGCCACACGCCGACACCGGCAAACCGGUCAACGUGUAUCCGUUCAUCGCGAAAGCGGCUCUGGACAUCAUUUGCGAAACGGCCAUGGGUGUGAAGGUGAAUGCUCAGAGCGAAGGCGAGGAGAACGAUUACGUCAAGGCAGUCUGCGAGCUUAGCAGACUGUUUGUGGAGCGUAUGGUUCGUCCCUGGUUGCAUCUGGACUUUAUCUGGCUGCGGUCCCGGUUCGCGGCACGGUACAAGAACGCCCUGGACACUGUGCAUAACUACUCUCGCGAGGUAAUCCGGGACCGAAAGGCAGCACUCGAGUCGGCAAAGAAAUCUGCCGGCGCAGAGACAAGCGACGGGGAAGCGUUUGGUGUGAGGAAGCGUAUGGCGUUUCUGGAUCUGCUGCUGGAAGGAAAUCAGGCCCACAACAUUAUGACCGAUGAGGAUGUCCGUGAAGAGGUGGAUACGUUUAUGUUUGAGGGACACGACACAACGACAGCUGGCAUCAGCUGGGUGCUGUUCCUGCUCGCCCUCCAUCCGGACGUGCAGGAGCGGGUGUGCGAGGAGAUUGAGUCGAUUUUUCCGCCCGGCGACGACCGGCCCGCCACGAUGCAGGACCUGAACGAGCUGAAGCUGCUGGAGCGGUGCAUCAAGGAGGCGCUGCGGCUGUAUCCGUCCGUGUCCUUUUUCGGUCGAACGCUCAGCGAGGACGUCCAGCUCGGCGGGCACCAGGUGCCGGCCCAAACCAUCGUGGGCAUCCAUGCGUACCAUGUGCACCGGGAUGAAAGGUUCUAUCCCGACCCGGAGAAAUUCGAUCCGGACCGUUUUCUGCCGGAAAACACGGAAAACCGUCACCCGUACGCGUACAUCCCGUUCAGUGCGGGGCCGAGGAACUGCAUCGGGCAGAAGUUUGCGCUGCUGGAGGAGAAGAGCAUCGUGUCGAGCGUGCUGCGCCGCUACCGGUUGCGGUCGGUUCGGACGCGCGACGAGCAGAAGAUUAUGCACGAGCUCAUCACGCGCCCGAAGGAUGGUAUCCUGCUGUACCUGGAGUCGCGGCAGAAGAAGGUGGACGCGUAGGGCUGGCUCGUUGGGAGGUUGGUUGUUUAUCAAAAAGGGGGUUCUUUUCGCUUUUUGGUUAGCUUCUAAAGGGUAAGGGAAAUUACUGAGAACAUUGUGAUUUUGGCAAUAAAACGGAUAUGUAAAAAAUA